AUGAAGUGUUUGAAAGUGGACGAAUACGUCAAGCGGACUUGUUCUGUGGAAGAGACUGAGCGGUUACUUCAUGAACUACAGAAUUAUGUGAAGAGUCGAUCGGGCCUUCAGGGUCGCACACUGUGUGACAGGGUCAUCAGGGCCUGUAACCAUCAACUUGGAGUUGCAUCACCUAAUCUUGACCAUGUCAAUCAGUUGGUCCAGCUGGUGGAGGUUUCCCUUCAAGGCUAUGAUAUAUCUGCACCACUUGUGGCUCAGAGCAGUCCACUAUACAUGGAAAAGAUAGUUUUCCAUAUUGUCAAGAAGCUAAGCGCCCUCGAAGCUCACAGUCUGUGUAGCCAUGUAGCUGGGUUGCUUUACAGCAGGCUUACCCCGGCCCAACAGGGUGAGGACUACAGUGUUCUGGUGCGGAGCUGCUUCUCAGUGCUCUGGAAUGGACUAUCUGCUACCAAAGACAAGAACAUCUUGAAUCCCCGUGACAAACUCCACUGCCAGAUACAAGCUUUGAGCUUCCUUCUGUUGUUGGACACCGAAAGUGUAACCCCCUCUUUCUCAAAGGUCCCCAUAUAUACAGAGGAUGCCAUCGCUGAACUUGAGAGCAGCUGUGAAGCGGUAACCAAGGACGAUGCAUCUUUUCUUCUCCAAGAAAUGCACACACUUUUCAACAGAUGCUGGACUGGUGGUCAAGGCUGUGAUGGGGACCAGUCCAAGCAGUCUACUGAGACAUCAACUCUAUAUCCGCUUUUUGAAAUGGUUUUAAUCGUAGUGAAGCUGCUUUGUAAGGCUGGCCACUAUGAUCUGGCUUUUACCUUCUUGAGUGACAUCGAGAGCAAGGCCGCAGACUGUCACUGUACAGCCAUGGUACUCGGCAAAUGGGCAGUAAAGAUUCAUUCUACAAUGAAGGCUGGCGGGGAGAGUGGUCAGGCUUUGACACAGUGUGCCAGGGCCUUGAGGUCUCUUUCAGCUGACCUGGGGGACAGAGAAGCUCAUGCAAUGCUGGAAGGUUGUGGACUCGUGAUAUGGGCUGUCGAAAGUGGCCACAGCAAGGGAAUAAGUGGACCUGUGCUCCUGGCUUGGUUUUCUUUUUGUGAGGAGCACCAAGAACGGCUGGUAAAGACUCUAAAGAAGAAUUCAACAUGCCAGGCUGAGUGCAGCAGACUGCAACAGGCACUUUGCUUCAAUAUUUACCAAGGCUUCGUGUUUGCUUACGAGAGCAUGCUCGCAUCACAGCUGGAGAACAGUGACCUACUGGACAGAGUGCUGCUCUACUGCCAAGCCACAGCUGGACAGAUGAUGACUGAACUGCGUAAAGUUUCUAGUGAAAACCUCUUCGUCAAAGCAGUGAUCGCAAUGAGCAACUUGGCUUGUGGAUUUUACAACCGGCGUCUCUAUGAGCAGGCCUUCACACUCGUUGAGAUUGUCUGCAGGGAUCUAUGCAAGAAUUGCCCUGUCUCGCUCUCUGUCGAUAGGUUGAGUCGCCCCUUCAUGCUGGCUGUGCAGACGUCUAGGCGGGCUGGACAGCUGGAGCGAGCGCUGGACUGGGUGAUCCUGUGGCUGAAGGCUUUGGGGGACAACAUCACUGACCAUAUGUCUGAACCGGUCUCCCUGUGGGUCAAAACAAAGACUGACGCUAGUCGUAACUCUGAGGAGGAUAUCCGUCUCAGAACAUUACAGGAUGGUUUUAGUCCUGACGUCCCAGAUGAGCGAGUAAUGCUUUGCCUGUUGGAGGAAGAGUUGCGUUGCUAUAAGGAGGUGGCAGGAGACACGGCCCAGGAGCGUUACAACACGCUCUGUGAUCUGUUGGACAUCUGCCACGAGGACAGCGCCCACACCCAUCUGCGUGCUGUCUACCUCUGUGAAAUGGCCCAAGUUGUGUGUUACCAGGAUUUCAGUGAACAGACUGACUGCGCAGCAGUUGAUUUCACCCAUGAAGCUUUACGGCUUUUUGAAGAAGAACCCGAGACGCCAGAGAAUGCUGACAGACUGAAGGAUGACAAGGCCCAUGCUUUACUUUGGCUCUAUAUCUGCACUCUAGAGAAGAACCUUCAGGAGACAAUUGACAAGGACAAAACACUGAGGGAGUUGCGUGAGCAGACACGGUGUAUGGCCAAUCAAAUAGAAACCAAUGAUUUUGAUUAUGAAGACAAGCAGAAGACACAAGACAGCAUCCUGGUGUAUGAAGGCUUGCAUUUUAACCUGGCUGCAGAAAACGAGUUGUGCAAGCCUUUGGAAAGAGCACUCGAGGAGUGGUCCGCUCUGCUCCAGACACACGUCCUGCCUUCUGUCAGAAACCCCAAACAGACCUGCAGCUCCAUCGCUGUGACUGCAGCGCUCUUUAAACUCAAAGGAAAGCCUCUAAAGGCUUUGGAAGCUUACCAGCUUGCGAUUGGACUUUCACGUCAACUUGCAGAUGCUCACGGAUGUGCCAGCUACCUCUGUCAAUCAACCAGCCUUCUCCUGGAUAUGGGCACUCCUGAACUGGCUUUGGCCCAGCUAGAGCAAGCAGAACUGUGUCUUACCUCUGUUAAGACUGCUGAUGGACCUUCUUCUCUCUCUAUGCUGGUGAUUCUGUUGAAAGCUCAGUACUGCUACAGCACAGGACAGGUGGGUCGUGGAGUACCUUAUCUGUGUGAGGUACUUAAAGAAGUGAACAAGCAGCGGCAGUCAAAGAGUUGGUACCUGCUGCGUGCUCGGAUGCUCCAGACCUGCAGCUCUUAUCUGAGUUUGGACACAGCGGCACUGCCACAAGCCCAGAGAAGCCCUAUCACACAGCACGGUCUAAGUAGCCCGGAUGCUGCCCUCUAUGAAAGUCUGAAGCUUCUCUGCAGCCUGCUGGUCACUUUAGUGGGGAAGGGCCUAUACGGGUCUAACGGCAGCAGCUCAGACAUGCACUUUAUCGACCAAGGAGACAACUUGGUGCUAAAGUGGCAGCUGCUCUCAGAGCUUCUAAACUGCUCCAUGAAGGUCGUGGCUGUGAGGAGCAGCUGUGGAGCCGUCAACGAUGCCAGGCUCCAAUGUCUAGAAGCUCUCAAACUGGCUAUCAAGCUGCAAGCACUCAGCCAGUGUGCUGAGCUGCUGGUGAUGAAAGCUGAGUUGGAACUGAUGCAGGGAGAGAGAGAGGAAAGUAGAAUUGAUUUAGACAAAGUCAGAAACCUUCUGGAACUCUGUACAGAUUUUUCUGAUCAGGUGCAGAAGGCUGAAGUGAAAAUCAAACCAAGGAAAGGUCGCCCGGCACAGAAAUCUCAGUUGCCCCUUCCUGCCUUGGAAGAUGAUCUUAAGGGCAUCCUGAGCACUAGGUGGAUUGGCAAAGAAGCUGUAGUGAGGGAUAUGGACAGCUCCCCGCCUUUCAAAGCCCACCCUCGCCGCUGGCUCUCCUCCCUGGCGCAUGAAUCUAACUGCCACUGCCCCUGCUGCUCGGAGCCUUGUCUGGGCCGUGCCACGGCUCGCUGGGCAGCCACACAGGCGGAUCUGGUACUGCAGCUAGAUCCCAAUGAGGCCAAAGUCAGUUUCAAACUUCAGACGGCAACAUUAGCUCGCUGUAAGAGUGUUGUUGCCAAACUUGGGGCAACAUUGGCAACGCUCCUCCCUCACUGUGGCUCUGGCAAAAGCUGCCCGAAGCCCUCCCUGAUGCAGGACGUGGUGGGCCGUGUCUAUCUUCACAUGGCCCUGUCUGGCCUGGAUCCAAGGCAUAGCAAGGUCUUUGGCAUAUGGAAAAUACUGGAAGCUGGCUUGGCAUUUGUUGAUUCCACACCUUCUCCUAUGCUAAGACCUGUGAGAGCAGGCCUACUGGCAACCAAAGCCAUUGUGUCAUUGGUUACCUUGGCGGGAAAAAAAGGCUGCAGCCCAGAGGAACUCUUCUCAAAUGUUUGGACUUGGAAUGCACCAAAAGAGGAUAAAAAGCAGAAAUCAGAACUGAAAGAGGUGCCCUCCUCAUCCUUGCUUAAGAAGCCUAAAGAGUCCAACAAAAACCUCGAUAUUCCUGACAAAACAAAAGGGGCCAAGAAGGUCACGGUUGUCACGCCCAGGAUUACAGUGACAAGCUCUUCAACCAGAGGAAAGGGACUUGUUCCCUUGACACCGGUGAUGGUAAAGCCUGAGCCAUUCAGUAGGGAGCGCGACUCGUUUGACUUUAACACAGUGGUACCUACAUUGGCCUGCACUCCUAUUCAAAAGGUGAAAGCCCCUUCUUCUGUGCAGAAAGCACCGAGGACUGCCUCUAAGAUCCAGUUUCAUGUGUUUGAAGAGUUGUCGCCAAUACAAGACAAAGCCCAACCUGUGCCCGCUGCCCCCAGACGCACAAAGAAAUCACGCUUCGUGAUGGAGUUUAGCGACGAGAGUGACACGGAACCCAACACCCCGGCAGAGCCUAAGAAAAAAAUAGAUGUCCCUAAAAAGCGAACCACCACAAGAAGAGCGGCGCAGAACUGUAAAACAGCCCCAGAUCCACCUGCAGUGAAGGUCCCACCCAAGAGGCAGACCAGGGGUAAGAAGACCACUGCAAUGCCUGGGAUGACUUCUGAGGAGGACGAGUCUUCAGUCAACCAGUCUGCCUCAACCACAAGAGGAAGAACAACAAGGGAGCUGUCCAGGACCGAAGCCCAUUCAGUGGAGGAGCCAGACAAGAUGAGGACCAUUGAGGAGGAAACUAAACAAGUCCUGGACAUUAGCAUCGAGCAGCUCAGGGCAUCUGACUCUGACGAGGCUGGAGACGAUUCUGCUUCAAGUAAAGAUAUAGAUUUUGAGGUUUUGCGAAGGGACAAUUGUGGUGAUUUGGGGAGAGACGACUUAUCUGAACUCAGGAGCAGAGGUCACCUGAGAGAAGGUCCACAACCCCCCCUCUCUCAUUCAUACACCAGGCCAGACAAUCUUUCUCUGGAGGAUGUUGAGUCGUUGCUCCGCACUGCAUGGCUGGCCCUCCAGCACUUCCCCUCCCCCACCAUCUACCCGACCCUCUGUGCUCUCCUGGCCCUGACCAGAGGGCAGCAGGACCCCAUAACUACAGCAAUGCUGCAUGCCCACUCUUUGGGCAUCACAAAUCGUCAUCACACAAUCAGGCAUUUGGCCAGUUGUCUCAAAAAGCUGAGAAAGGUGUCCAGUGAGUUAGCAGACAAGAUGGAUGCUCUGAGUCUAGAUGAGCUCGGUCCAAACGAGUCCAAGAACUCCACUGAGCAGAGGUUGUCGCGGUUGGAGAACAUCUUCUCCUUCCCUACUGCUGAUGCUGCUACUUUCCCCAAGAGCCACUGUCAAGAGUUUCUCCAAGAAAUUCAACAGCUUCCCCCAGGGGUGACUGUCUGUGUGAUGUCUGUGCUUGGAGUAAAACCUGGGGAGAUGGGUGACCGCAUCAUACUGACACGUCUUGAGAAGGGCUCUGCCCCGCUCACUGUUCACACCCCUACCUCUAAACAACAGCACUCCAUCGGUUGGCUGGUUCAGGAGAUCGAUAGUAUCCAGGUGGAGCAGAAGCUUGUGAGCUCUGUGUCUGAGAAAGCCAAGUGGUGGGAGGCCCGCGGGGCACUUGACUCUCGAGUUGGGCAACUGUUGAAGGUGAUGGGGGAACUGCUGGGGUGCUGGUGGAGCUUUCUCCUACCGCCUUCAUUGGAUCCUGAGAUUUCCAAACAAGCGCGGCACCUUUGCAAGUCCUUGUCUGCAAAGGGAGUGGCAGUCAGUGAGGAAAUGUUGACGGCUGUGCUGUCUGCCUCUCCUGUGCUCUCCCAAGAGGACCUAAGGAGAUUUGCUCUGGGAGUCUCUCCGCAGUGGGACACGGAGUGUGACCAGCUUCUCCAUACAGCGGUGUCCCGGCUCGCUUGCAGAGACGAGCCCCGCGGUCAUGUAGUUCUCAUCCUGGACAAGUACCUUCAGAAGCUGCCGUGGGAGAGCACCUCCAUCCUAAAGUCUCACUCUGUCAGCCGGAUGCCAUCUUUGCACUCUGUAAUUGGACUGAGCAUUCAGAGAGAGACUGACUCUCAAUCUGUCCUAAAGAAAGGCGUGGAUCCAAAGCAAGUGUUUUAUGUUGUGGACCCUGAUGCCAAUUUAAGAAACUCUCAAGGACAAUUCAAGGAAUGGUUUAGCAGUAAACUGGAUUGGGUCGGUGUGUGUGGAGUUGCUCCUGACUCGAGUCAGCUGGAAGAAGCGGUUGCUACCAAGGAUCUAUAUAUUUUCGUGGGUCAUGGUGCAGGUGCGCGAUUCUUCGAUGGCCAAGCAGUCCUGAAGCGGCAGGUGAGAGCAGCGUCUCUGAUCUUCGGUUGCAGUAGUGCCGCUCUGGCAGUGCGCGGAGAUCAGGAAGGUCAAGGCAUCGUCCUCAACUACCUCACAGCAGGCUGCCCCCUUUUUUUGGGAAACCUGUGGGAUGUCACAGAUCGGGAUAUUGAUCGCUUCACCAAAGUCUUGUUGGAGUCCUGGUUAUCUGCUGGUUCCGGAGCUUCCCUCCUGGAUUAUAUGGGCCAAUCACGUCAGGUCACACACAUGAAACACCUCGUGGGAGCUGCACCUGUGGUCUAUGGCUUACCUGUUCACCUGCAGUAGAUGGCCUGGAAAACCAAAACUCUGCUAGAAACAGAAUGUAGUCGGUAUCUAAAUUGUUUUGUUUCAGCAAACAAGCUGGAGGAAAUUACUUAAACUUUGUUUUGUGGUUUUGGCAAUAUUAAAGUACUGCAUUUUAUUUUAUUCAAACCAAUGCUUCCAUUUUUAAACCAAUGUUACUAUAGUGUGAAUGAUUUUAAAUAUCUUGCUAAUUUUUACAAAGUGUUUGAAUGGAUUUUAAAUGUGUUGAUUAAACAUU